UGGCUUGCCCUCUGUCGCGGUAACAACGCUUCUCCCUCCCCUCUUCUCUUCUCCCCCGGCUUUAUAAGCACUGCUGAUUCUGACUAGUUUUCUCCAGCGUUGGCAGGGCAUCACGUAAUCCUCCUGAAUCGAGAGGAGCUCGAGCGUCCAUGGAGAACCACAAGGAGCAGCAGGGCGCGGCGGCGGGCUGGAUGACGGUGCCGGCCUUCGGAGAGUGGGACGUCAAGAACGGCGCCGUGCCGGACUACUCCAUGGACUUCUCCAAGAUCCGCGAGAUGCGCAAGCAGAACAAGCGGGAGCUCUCCAGGGCCAGCCUCGGCGGCGACGAGGACCUCCUCCAGGCGCAGCAGGGCAAGGCGCAGGCCGCGGCGCUGCCCGCCAAGUCCUCCGCCGCCGUCGCCGCCGACGACGACCACCGCCGCCCGCUGCACGGCGACUCCCCCACGGGAAGAAAGAAGUUCCUGAGCUAUUUCCACUGCUGUAUCAGAGCUUAAAGAAUUGCGAACCCUGAUGCUGCUGGUGUCGCACAAAUAGCUUUUAGGUUUCCUGGGUACUGUAAAGUUUGCAUAAUGUGUAGUUCACCUCUGGUUCUGUAAUCUUGUUGCUCGUGUGGGUGAGAGAAAACAAGUAUUGCGAGGAAGGGCACAUCGGUUAGUUCAUGCUGUUUUUUGAAAUGCUUUGCAACUUUUAGUGCAAAAUGUGAUCUGAGGAUUGGAUCUGAAGGUGUAGGUUGGCGUUUGGUUGGAGGAAACUGUCAGCACCCGUGAUGAUAUAAAUUCGUUGCGUAUAUUAAAUGGUCUCCCUUUAA